CCAUGAACGAAGCCAGAAGUUCAGGGCAGUGUCAAUAUUGAUGUCAGAUCAACCGAGAACUAGCACGGACCUAGGACCACGCUAGGUCGAACCUUUCCUUCACUCUGCUCCCUUUACUUUCCUACCGUGAACGCCAACUUUAAAUACGCGUCUCAAUCAACACCAUUCUCCCUUAAACCUCUCUCCAGCUGGUGGAACUCUAGGGGCCGCAACCUUGAGAGCGAACUCCAGGCUCUGUAAGAACUGAGUUCGUCGAUGUUACCUUUCUUGGACCAAGGUCUCGCAGCAGUCUGCUUGAACAAGACGCAGGAUGCGUCCACCAAUACUCCAGUCAAGAGUGAUAACGUUCAGUCUCACAAUGUUCAGACGCCACGGGCGAAAGAUACCAUGCGUCGCAGAAAUAACAAAAUGGUGAGCUGGGAUUGUUUUCUUUCUUCGGUUCACACUGACACUGUGCCAAAGCCGCUGAGAGCUGACAAUACCGUUUCUCCUUCUCCAUGUGGAAGCUCGUCUGCCAAUGAUGGAACAUCGGUAGGCGUAUCUGAUUUUCGCGAACUUCAAAAUGACUGCAAAGAUGAGUUUUGCCAGUACUCGUCGGUAUGUGUGGGCAAUUCCUUAUCCGCCAUGGCUUUACUAACAACAUUAGAUCUCUCCAAUCAGUCUUUCGAUUAGCGCACCUGUGCCAGGUACUGUCACUGCAAGCACCGCAUCCAGCAUCUCCGAGUUGAUUCUAGACGACGCGUGUCGCACCAAGAAAGAAAGAGCUAGUUCCGUUUCGAGCACAGAAAGCUUUACAACUUCCUACGAGCCCUCCGAGGUGACCACUGCCAAGUUGAAGAUGACUGCCAAGGAGCUGAGUCUCACUGAGCAGACAUUGAGACUUGCCCAAGAAAGCGUCGACCAACUCAAAAGCAAGCUUGAUGAAGUAUCGACAGCAAAGAGCAAGGAAGCGAAAGCACACUUGGAAGAAACAGCUAAUCUUCGAGCUGCUGCAAUCGAUGCGACAGCCGCUCACGAGAAGUUGACAGAUGAGCUUAAAAUGGAUAUCUUUCAGCUUCAUGCUAAUAUGAAAGAAGUUACAGAGCACUUCGCUAAGGAGGAAGCGGCGUUGGCGGACAAGAUUUCAGUGCUCGGGGCCCAGCUAGUUGAAUCAGAGUCAAGACAAGCAGAAGACGCGACGAAGUCCGAAGAGAAGAUUGCUGAUCUCCAAGCCCUGAUUGACAUUAUCCAGGCACGCUUCAGCGAAGAGAAAUCUUCACUGACGCAUAAAAUCGAGACCCUACAGAGUGAUGCGAAAGCAGCUAGUGCCGCAGCAUACAAAGAACGUGAGGCACUAUCAAACAAACUCUCGGCUAUUACGAUCGAGCUUGAGACAUCAGAUAAAGUCCGAGAUAGUCUGCUACAAAAUUCUUCUCAACUAGUGAAGAACAAUGACUUCUAUCUAGAGAAGCUGAAGGCACUUGAACAACAGUUGGCAAAAGCAGAGGGGGUCAGUUCAGUGACAUCAGUACAACUAUCUCAACUCGAGGAAAAGCAUGCAAUCAUAUCCAGAGAGAAUCAAGAUACCAAAUGUCGCCUUGAACAAGUUCUCCAAGAAUAUGAAUCUUCUAAGCAAGAAGUCGUUAUCCUAAAGCAAGGCUACAUCCAAAAGGCCAAGUCGGCGGAGAUGCAGGUAUUGCUGGACGAAAUUCAGGGACUCAAAAAUGCGCCUCAAUAUCAAAUCAAUGCCCCAGAAACAGCACUUCUUCACACAAAGAUUCUGGCAUUGCAGGAAGCCCGGGAGACCGAAAUUGCUGUGAUAUCUCAUCUCUUCGACGAGAAUUCUUUCUUGAGAUCCCAGGUAACUACAAUUCAGUCAUCUGGACAACAAGUGGCUACAGACUCUGGAAAUGCGACUGAACAGCAGGUGACAGAACUUUCGAGGAAGAUGGAUAUUGCUGUCCGGCAGAAUGGUGUCUUUGAGGCUCAACUGAAUGAGGUCAAGAAACUUGCGGAUUUCGCUCAGAAUCAGAUACUGCGCCUCGAACAGGAGAAGAAAGAGGAUCGAGAUGCGCGGAAGCUCGACGAAAUUUUCCACAAAGUUUGUAAUGAUUCGGAGAAGGAAGAGGAGAUUUUUGCGGAUUCCAAGCACGAUAUCAAAGAGCAGAAUAGACGUCUUCUUUCUGAAAACGACAACCUCAAGAUCUUGUUGAACAAAGAGCAGUCUGCCCACAACUGCUCUCAAGCUAGGCUCGAGUUGGCUGAAUCUACACUGCAUAGCCUCAAGGACGAACUGGAGACAGUAAGAUCGGAUCAUGAGUCUUGCCGCUCCAAGAUCCAGGAGCUCACUUCAGCUCAAAUUAACUCUCGACUUUUAGCGGCAAGAAACGACACUCAACUGGAAGAGAUCUCCAAACUCAAAGAUCAGCUAGAGACACGAGAGCCGCUUGUCCAGGCUGGUAUCCACGCUAGACGGAUCCGGUGGGAGUAUGCUAAGGGUCGCAUGGGUUUUGAUGGCAGGUGGUAUGAUGAUCGCGGGACGAAAAACAGAGCAGUCAUUAAAAGCGCGCAAAGAAUGAUCAGACGCCCCAACUUCGCCGCAGAUGCAGCACUGUUCUUCCUCGGAGUUCUGAGCAGCGACGAGGAUCGCAGGAUGUUUAAUCAGACUUACCACAAGAGGCUCUGUUCGGAUUUCCAUGCGACUGUUAAAUCGCAACAGCUGGCUGAGAUCGAGUCCAUGAGAACCACUCUGCGCGAUCGCUGCCGAAUCCGUGCAGGCUUCGAGAACGUCUUCGAGGACUCUGAUGAAUACAAACACCUUGCCAGUCUGUGCUAUAUGAAGUUCAAGAGCAUGAUGACAGACGCCGGACUGAAUGACAACUCUGACAAGAUGAAGCGAAAAGAAGUGAGGGAUCUAUUUGAUGCUGAUGAGCAGGUCCAGUCCGUUAUCGAAAGAAUGAGGGAGAUUUAUGAGCGAGCCAUGAGAGGCUUCAGCUAUCGUUGGCCUUGA